GUAAUUGAGGAUGAGGCGACACGAGCCUUUGCAGACGAUGUCAUGUCUUUUAAGAGUCAUUAUGCGUCUUUAGCCACGAGUGACCUUGCAUUACCUCAGGUAAUGGAGACGUCAACAACAACAAAGCGUUUAUUACCAUCAGCCAGUACACCCACAACACUGAGAACGGAUAUGGAUGAUCCAUGGUUUGAUGGGACAAUGAGAGAACAGGAUACACCUACAAUGCAUCUGAUGAUGGAACCCUCUGUGAGUUCACCUUUGCAUAAGGUGUCAGUGCAAGAUAUCGAACCCGAGAAACGAAAUGCGUUUGCGGAUUUGAUCACGAGUUGGAAUACAGGACAAACAUUACUAUUAGAACCUGUGCGAGAAGAGGAAUCGUUCUUUCAUGAACAAGUGGCAGAAGAGCAACAACAAAUUGGGUUUGCGAGUUUACCUCCUCGUGAUCGUAUCUCUUCUACAAGUGGAAUCUCGGUUAUAGAUUAUAAUGAUGAGGAAGAAAACCCAUGGCAUUAAAGUAAUAAUAAUAAUGAUAAUAAAAAAAACAAAAAUUUAUUAUUUUUGAUCAAGAGGAGGA